GGAAGCAGCAGCAGUUGCCUGGAGGUCUCUCAAGGACAGGAGGCUGAAGAAACACUCCACAAGAGAGGAUGCUUGAAAAAGGGUAAGAAGAUGCCAGCUCUGCAGGCAAGGAGUGACAUAACUGGGCUACUGAGCCCCAUGGGGUGCCGCAGAAAGAAUGUAGUUGGUCAAGGGAGACAUGGACUCAAAGAAGUUGAAAAGCUCUUCUCCAGGGUUUUAGACAGGGAUCCCUUUUGGCUCCUUCUGGAGAUGCUGCAGAUUGAAUUUAGAACCUUCUGCAUGCAAAUGUUAUGCUCUGCCGCUGAACCACAGCCCUUCGCUUCCACGAAAACUUAGGUAACCAUAAAUCUGCUUGCUAUUUAAGAACCCCAUUUAUGUUGGAUGGAAACCCUAGUUGACCAAAGAUGAUAGUGGCACAGAAGUGAGUGUGCCAAGCAGAGCAAUGAUGGCCCCCUUAGUGCACCUGCAGGUUCCUGAAGCAAUGAGCACCUGUCUCCAGCCUUUGAAAAUGUGUUUGCAUUUCCUCUCUGAGCAUUUGGUGGUCGACACUUACUUGGAAAGUUCAUCCCUUUUUCUUGCAUGUGUGUGUGUGUGUUUUCUUUUUUGAAUGCUGAUCAAGAAGCAAUUGAUCUUUUGGUAUGCUUGGCCAUCUGGAGAAUGCACAUUUUUCUUUUCUGUCUUAGAGCACAGCAGGAGCUAUAUAAUUAGGGCUAGUCAUCUUUUUCAAAGAAUCUGAUACAAAUUCCUGUGAAUCUCUGCUUUAAAAAAAUUAAAAUCAGACAUGCACGAAAGGUUCAUAAGCAUUUAAGUGCUCCAUUUAUUUUAGUGGGGUGUAGUGGCCAACCAACCACACAAAGUCUUUGUAAGAGGAUCCCAAUGCCUUUUGCAAAAACAAAUCAUGUGUUUACGAGGGAGAAUUUGUUGGAUAGUAAUCUGAAGCAGAGAAAAAUGGAGGGCAGAAGGAUCAAGAAUCUUUCUUCCCAUUCCCCCCAGCUGCUUCUUUCCUCCAAAUCUUUCUCCCCCCACCAAAGCAGCUUCUCAUUUUUUCAUUUCUCUCUGUUUCAUCCAGUGACUACUAGGGGUGUCAGAUCAUUCUGAUGAAAAUGGAAAGAUGAGUAGAAAUCGCCAAAACUUGUAUUUUGUGACCCAUGUCUGCUAUGGAAAUCAAGCCAUUGUUGCUUUCAGCCUGCAAACAAAACAUAAUUGAUUACAUUCCCCCAUCUCCAUUUGCAUUGCAUUUCUUUUGCAUUUGAAUGAAUGGGGUGGAAUAAUGUAAUGACAUUGACAUUUGCGUAAUUGAUUAUGCAAUUUACAUAGGUUAUGUAAUUUCACUGCAGAGUGACAAUGACAAACGAUGUAAUUUUUGAUGGAAGACAAACAGCAGCAGAAAAGGGACAGUGCUGCGUGUGACUACAGGAGAGACUUGAAUGCCUUGUGAAGACCCAGUAACAGCUGCGUAGCAAAGAAGCCCAAGCUGCUAAAUAAAACACUACUGUCUUGUGUUUUAGAAGCCAAGAGCUUCAGUGUAUCAAAUGGCUGCUGCUUCUUCCUUCGUGGCUUCCACAGGUUUCAGUUUGAACUGAGGCUUAAUUAUGUGACUAGAGGUCCAAAGGCAUUGCUGUGUCUGAGUGGGAAAAGCAGAAGCCUGGUUGCUACUGAAUAGGCUGAGGGAGACAGGCAAGCAAGGCAGGUACACUGAGGAAGAGGCACAAGCAGGUUGACAGCAGCUUUGUCUUUGCUCAGGAGAUGAAUUGCUCAGGCUGAGGCCAAAGGCUGAGGUGUUAAGAAACUCACUUGACCCCUUGGGUUCACGGUUAAUGAGCUGCAGUAACACCUUCUGGCCAUUUACUUUGGUGGUGGCCAAGUGCAGCAGAGAGCAAAACAGACUUUUUCUUCUGGCGAACUGACACAAUGUGAUUCAGGUCAGGCUGGCCAUAGUAUCCAGACUGAAACCCCCUUGCUAUCUCAUUCUCAACCCCAGAACUGUUCUGAAAGCCAGGGCUCAGUCCUGGAGUAUAAGAAAUUAUAGAGUGAGGAGUGUUUCUCUGUCAGAGCAGCGCCAGCCUGCCCAUGAGGCAAGGUGAGGCGACCUCCUCAGGUGACAGGAUCAAUAGGGGCAGCAGAUCCUGAUGUACAUCAUCAUUAUUUCUUGAAUUUAUUUAUUCAAUGUCUCAGGGCGGGUCUUACUCCCUUGUUCCUGAUAUAGAACUUCACUCACCCCUUCUUCCCUGGCUGGGGGCACCAUUUUGCAGUUCUCCUCAGGUGCCAAAAUGUCUUGCCCAAAUCCCCAACGUUAGAGGAUAUAGCUUCCUAUUGUUCUUCACACAUGACAUGCAUCUUUACAGAAAUAAAUAUUUGGGCCUCCAGCUGUGUCCCCUUUCUCCUGUCCCCUAUUGCCAGUCAUUUACUAAUACUGUACAUCUUUUCCAUUUCCCCAUGGGGGAAAAAGAGCCAAAAUUUCACAACUAUUCAGUUGCUUUUCUGUAAGAUAAAUGACUGGGUAUUUUAAGGAUUUGCAUAAUUUCUGUGGCCCCUUUGGCCACAGGAUGCUAGCUUGUUGCCAUUUUUAUACCAACAGUCUUGCCUCUAGAUCAGUGUUUCCCAACCUUGGGUCUCCAGCUGUUUUUGGACUACAAUUCCCAUCAUCCCUGACCACUUAUCUUGGUAGCUAGGGAUGAUGGGUGUUGUAGUCCAGAAACAGCUGGAGAGCCAAGGUUGGGAAACACUGCUCUAGAUAAGCACUGUAUCGCUAUAUCUAUCCGAGUGCUCCUUGUUUGUAUUCUGGGUGCAUCCCUACAACUCUCUUGGAGCUGCCUGAGUUCUGCUGGUAUUGAUCUUGGUUUUCAGUUUCCCAGGAAACCCAGUCCAAGGCUCUCAUCCUGGGCAUUGACCCAUGCCCCUUUGCACAGCUGCUUUUUAUUUAUGUGUGUGUAGAGAUACAGCAAGGUCUGGGCAAAUGGCUUCCUCUCCUAACAGCUGUGUAUGUGUGUGGAAUAUGUCCUUGUGAGGUUCUGCAGAUGAAUAACACCGUAUUAUGUGGCCAUCUGUUAUGGCCAGGCUGAAAAAGAGCAAUCCCUGACGGUUGUUAUUAACAAGCUACCUCCCCCACUCUCUCAUACACGCUUUACACAUGCCUGUGCCUAGCUGACUGUCCCCAGACAUUACACAAUGCAGCUUAGUUACCAUUGGCCAGACUUGCCCCAAACCAUCUGCCCAAGUUGUGAUAUGGGGAGAAUAAGUCACAGGGGCUGAAACCAAAAGAGCAGUCAUAGCUGCAAAGGUUGCAUGGAUUGUGCAGCAGAUACACUAGUAACAAGCCUUUUGUGACCACCAUAAAAUCAUAGAUUUGGAAAGUGGAAGGCUGCCAACUGCGACGUAAAUAGAGCCUGUCCACUGACCAAGCCACAUAUCUAUGGCUAUCGGUUGCUAGAUUUUACAACCUGACUCUCCCUGUCAAUCUACUUUGUAUCUGUGUUGCAGACAAAAUACUUUUUCAUAAAGUGAUUAAUAUACUGAAUUUACUGCCAGAAAAUGUGGUGAUAGCUUAAAUUGAUUUAAAAGAGAAUCGGUGGAUUUUAUAUAGAGGGUGGAUCUUUCACUGGACUAGUGGUAUUCUUUUGUUUCAUUGAUGGUGUUUUAUUGCACUGUACCAUAUAUUUGUUUUAAUAUGCUGUUCACUGUUUGUUGGGGGGGAUUUGGGCUGAAAAACAGUAUGUAAAUAAAUCAUCAUAAUAAUACAGUGGUACCUCUACUUACGAAUUUAAUGCGUUCCGAACGCACAUUUGUAAGUCGAAAAAAUUGUAAGUCGAAUCCCAUAGGAACGCAUUGGGAGAAAAAAUUCGUAAGUAGAAGCAACCCUAUCUAAAAAUUUCGUAAGUAGAAAAAAUCCUAUCUAAACCGCAUCCAAGAUGGCGGACGGAGCUCCAUUCGUAAGUAGAAACAUUCGUAAGUAGAGUUAUUCGUAAGUAGAGGUAUCACUAUACUCUUAAUCAGUGCUUUUUGUGUGUGACAGUACUCACUAGUUUAGAGUUUUGUCACCUCUUUUUUAGGGAUGCGGGUGGUACAGUAGUGUAAACCACUGAGCCUAGGGCUUGCCGAUCAGCAGGUUGGCAGUUCGAAUCCCCGCAACAGGGUGAGCUCCCGUUGCUCGGUCCCUGCUCCUGCCAACCUAGUAGUUCGAAAGCACGUCAAAGUGCAAGUAGAUAAAUAGGUACUGCUCCGGUGGGAAGGUAAACAGCGUUUCCGUGCGCUGCUCUGGUUUGCCAGAAGCGGCUUAGUCAUGCUGGCCACAUCACCUGGAAGCUCUACACUGGCUCCCUCAGCCUAUAGAGCGAGAUGAGCGCCACAACCCCAGAGUUGUCCACGACUGGACCUAAUGGUCACUUCUUUUUUACUUCCCAUGGCAGUCAUUCUGUACUGGCACCCACAGCACUUUUAUCAAUAUAUGAGUACCAGAACCUCAUUUUUUAACCAAAAAAAGCACUGCUCUUAAAAAAGAAUGUGAGUCAACAGACAUGUACAUGCUACCCUCCUCUGCCCAGAGUCAGAGAUUACCUUUAGGAUUCUGUGAGUCAUUCCUCUAUUUUUCUGGCCUGCACACUGAACCCAGUGGAUUAACAAUGGGACCCCCCUGCCCCCCCCGGAUUUUUGUCAGCCAGCUUGUUUAACUGGGCUGGCCACACUGUGGAUUUCACUUGUAACUAGUAGAGAGGGCACCCAAAGCUGCAUUAAUGGAGAACACCACAUUAUUGGGGGGGGGGACAAGGGAACAAGCUGUUGUAAAUUUUCAGCAUUCAUUUUAAGAACACAACUUUUAAUAGUCUUGGUGAAUGACGACAACAACAACAACAACAACAACAACAACAACAACAACACAGUAUUGUUUAAUACAUAUAACAAUACUGUAGCCACAGUAGAGAUAUGUUGGAUUCAUCUAUAACAGUAUCAAAGGGAAUUCUGGCAUUAUUUUUCAAGAGUCACCUGUUUAAGCAUACUACUAUUGUGUAACUGGCAUAACUUUUUAAAAAUUGUAGCCAGGUUAGUCUAAAAUCUCUAAGGGCUAAGCCCUUUCUCAAGUUUAGCCUCUGUUUUUAGUAAGUGACCUCUUUGUAUUAAUUACAUUUUCUAAACUAAUAUAUCAUACACGGAUCAAAUGGAAUCCAACUUAUUUUUGUGUGUCGUAUGUAAAAAAAUGCAUGUUUUGACUCAAAUGAAGUACACAGAUCUUGUGUCUGGUAGCCAGUGAUAUCAUUCAAUUUGUUAUUAGUGCUAGCAAUUUACCGUAUGUGCUACGCAGAAAACUGACCAAGGCUGGCCUGAACCAAAUCCACUGGGUUGCUGAUGCAAAUCCAUUGCUAUGGAAACAGAUGCUGGAGCUUAAGGCUGCUUCUGUCUAUAUCGGGAUGCUGUCUGGAUAACUAAAACAAAAACAGGCUGGGGGGGGGAGUAAACCUUAAAUGUAGAUGAAUAUGAUAACUAGCAGGCAAACAAGGAAAUCCCCUUUAACGAUUCUUUUUAUUUUGAGCUAUAAGCAUCGUUUUAAAUUCUGAUCAGUAUCUUUCUGCGUUAGUGAUGAAUGGUAAAGAGAUGGGAGUGCAAUGAAACAAACCUUAAAUUAACUUUUGAAGGCAAUAGAAGUGAAUACUUUUGUAUAUUGUAUUUUAUUUAGGUUUCUGGUUUUCUCUGUUCUUAGGACUCAGAGAAGACUACAUAAUGUAUAUAAAACCAAAUUGGGUUGUGUCCAGUGCUAGUCUUCUUCAAAAUAGAUGCAUGGAAAAGAAUGCAUGGAAAAGUUAGUCUUGUCUGCUAAUUUCACUGGGUCUGCUUUGAAUAGGGCUAACAUUGGAUGCAACCCAACAUAGGUAGGUAAAUAAAGGUAAAGGACCCCUGGAUAGUUAAGUCCAGUCAAAGGUGACUAUGGGGUGCAGCACUCAUCUCACUUUCAGGCCGAGGGAGCCGGCAUUUUUCCACAGACAGCUUUUCAGGUUAUGUGGCCAGCAGGACUAAACCGCUUCUGGCACAACGGAACACAGUGAUGAAAGCCAGAGCACAUGGCAACACCGUUUACAGUCAUACCUCGGUUUAAGUACGCCUCGGUUUGAGUAUUUUCAGUUUAAGUACUCCGCAGACCCAUCUGGAACGGAUUAAUCCACUUUCAAUUACUUUCAAUGGGAAAGUUCUCUUCAGGUUAAGUAUGGACUUCCGGAACCAAUUACACUCAUACCUCGGGUUAAGUACGCUUCAGGUUGAGUACUCCGCGGACCCAUCUGGAACUGAUUAAUCUACUUUCCAUUACUUUCAAUGGGAAAGUUCACUUCAGGGUAAGUAUGCUUCAGGUUAAAUACAGACUUCCGGAACCAAUUGUGUUUGUAAACCGAGGUACCACUGUACCUUCCUGCUCCACCAGUACCUAUUUAUCUACUUGCACUAGUAUGCUUUCAAACUGCUAGGUUGGCAGGAAGUGGGACAGAGCAACAGGAGCUCACCCCAUCGUGCAGAUUCGAACUGCCAACCUUUGAUCAGCAAGCCCAAGAGGCUCAGUGGUUUAGACCACAGUGCCUGUACCUUUACCAACCCAAUAUAUUUCUGUGUUACAAAUAGAACAUGCAACCAUCAUUGAAUAUAGACUGUUGUGGCUUGUACAAAUAAGGCAGCUUCAUUUGUUCCCUUUUCUUCCUUCAGGUUACCCUGUUUUAACUUCACAAGAACUCUGUGUGAAUUAGUCAGAGAGAUAGAGGGGGAAUUAAUCGCCUUAGGAACAUAGGAAGCUGCUUUUUGCUGUGCCAGACUGUUAGUCCACCGAGUUUAGUACUGUCUACAUUGAUUAGCAGUAACUCUCCUUUCAGGCAGAUCUUUCCUUGCCCAUUUUUGGGCAACAAGGCAAAAACCACCGAGUGGUGAUGUGUUUUAUGUCUAAGUGGGGAUCUGAACUCCAGACUCCCUGAGCCUCCAGUGUUUUAUCCACUGCUAGACCACACUGGCUUUAGCUAAUACCCUGGUGAUGUUCCAUAGAGGAGGUACAUAUCUUGGCUGCAUAGUUCAUGGACCAGUGAACUGACUUAGUAUAAGAGGUGUAUCCUAUGUUCCAGUGUUGUGACUUACUUAACACGCAUAUUUAUUACAUAUGACUACUUGUUUGUAACAAUAGUCUGUGAAUUGACCUGGAAUACAGGUGUUCCUAGGAAAUAAUUGCAGGUGGUCUAAAAUAUGGGGAGGAAAAACCUGCUCCAAUCCUCCCUCAGUUGUUCCCCCACUUUGAUAAUUCUGCAGCACUUCAAGUACCGGUACUGAAAAAUGGUGUGACAUAAAGAUGGUUGGUCUUGUCAUUGUCUCUGUACCCGCAUCAGAAAUCAGACAGCACUGCAGAUGUAUUGCUCCUAAUGAAUUGCAUGUCAGAUUGAAUGAUUCAAAAGAAUUGGUUAAUGAUACCCAGGUCUUACUCACAUCAUGGAAACAGACAGCCCAGGAUAAAACAGGUACACCUAUAUGCGUGCAAAUGACUGCUGCCGCACAAGUAGGAGUUAUUGUUAUCUAAGAGAGCUUGCAGUGUAAAAACCAAUUGAAAAUCAACUGUGUCUUAGUUGCAUGUAAUUCAGUCAAUAACUGUCAGCAACAUUCUGUUUUUAAGAUUUUACUUAAUUACAGCUCCCAGCACAAGAAGCUGCAAGCCUAGCUGUCUGUUGUCAUCCCAUUUAUUCGUGCCUCUCAAAUGCUGCUAGACUUCACAGAUCUUACUGUUGCAACAGGCACAUACUGACUGGAGUGUUUGAGGCUGGAUGGUUGCCGUUUCCUUUUGCUCACACCAGCAUUUCAGACAAUUACAAUACAUUGAGCAACCAUCUAUCUAUCUAUCCAGGAGAGGCAGCUCUAAAGCUCUAAAUGGGAGAGGAAAGAAGGAGACUAUUAUUUCAAUCUAUCAUACUUUCCUUCAGUUUUCUGCUUUAAUAGCGAAAGGAAAGUCCGAUGCUGUAAAGAAAAAUAUUGCAUAGGAACCUGGAAUGUAAGAACCAUGAAUGGAGGUAAGCUGGAUGUGGUCAAAAAUGAGAUGACAAGAAUAAAUAUCGACAUCCUGGGCAUCAGUGAACUAAAAUGGAAGGGAAUGGGCGAAUUCAGUUCGGGUGACUAUCAUAUCUACUACUGUGGGCAAGAAUCCUGUAGUAGAAAUGGAGUGGCCCUCAUAGUCAACAAAAGAGUGGCAAAAGCUGUAAUGGGAUGCAAUCUCAAAAAUGACAGAAUGAUCUCGAUACGAAUCCAAGGCAGACCUUUUAACAUCACAGUAAUCCAAGUUUAUGCACCAACUACCGGAGCUGAAGAAAGUGAAAUUGACCAAUUCUAUGAAGACCUACAACACCUUCUAGAAAUGACACCAAAGAAGGAUGUUCUUCUCAUUACAGGGGAUUGGAAUGCUAAAGUAGGGAAUCAAGAGAUAAAAGGAACAACUGGCAAGUUUGGCCUUGGAGUUCAAAAUGAAGCAGGGCAAAGGCUAAUAGAGUUCUGUCAAGAGAACAAGCUGGUCAUCACAAACACUCUCUUCCAACAACACAAGAGACGACUCUACACAUGGAUAUCACCAAAUGGGCAGCAUCGAAAUCAGAUUGAUUAUAUUCUCUGCAGCCAAAGAUGGAGAAGCUCUAUACAAUCAGCAAAAACAAGACCUGGAGCUGACUGUAACUCAGAUCAUCAGCUUCUUAUAGCAAAAUUCCAGCUUAAACUGAAGAAAGUAGGAAAAACCACUGGGCCAGUAAGAUACAAUCUGAAUCAAAUCCCUUAUGAAUACACAGUGGAAGUGAGGAACAGGUUUAAGGAUUUAGAUUUGGUGGACAGAGUGCCUGAAGAACUAUGGAUGGAGGCUCGUAACAUUAUACAGGAGGCAGCAACGAAAACCAUCCCAAGGAAAAGGAAAUGCAAGAAAGCAAAAUGGCUGUCCAACGAGGCCUUACAAAUAGCGGAGGAGAGGAGGCAAGCAAAAUGCAAGGGAGAUAGGGAAAGAUACAGGAAACUGAAUGCAGAUUUCCAAAAAACAGCAAGGAGAGACAAGAGGGUCUUCUUAAAUGAGCAAUGCAAAGAAAUAGAGGAAAACAAUAGAAUGGGGAAAACCAGAGAUCUGUUCAAGAAAAUUGGAGAUAUGAAAGGAACAUUUCAUACAAAGAUUACCAUAAUCAAGGACAAAAGUGGUAAGGACCUAACAGAAGCAGAAGACAUCAAGAAGAGGUGGCAAGAAUACACAGAGGAAUUAUACCAGAAAGACAUGGAGGUUUCGUACACCCCAGGUAGUGUGGUUGCUGACCUUGAGCCAGACAUCUUGGAGAGUGAAGUCAAAUGGGCCUUAGAAAGCACUGCUAAUAACAAGGCCAGUGGAAGUGAUGAUAUUCCAGCUGAACUAUUUAAAAUUUUAAAAGAUGAUGCUGUUAAGGUGCUACACCCAAUAUGCCAGCAAGUUUGGAAAACUCAGCAAUGGCCAGAGGAUUGGAGAAGAUCAGUCUACAUCCCAAUUCCAAAGAAGGGCAGUGCCAAAGAAUGCUCCAACUACCGCACAAUUGCGCUCAUUUCACACGCUAGCAAGGUUAUGCUUAAAAUUCUACAAGGCAGGCUUAGGCAGUAUGUGGACUGAGAACUCCCAGAAGUGCAAGCUGGAUUUCGAAAGGGCAGAGGAACCAGAGACCAAAUAGCAAACAUGCGCUGGAUUAUGGAGAAAGCUAGAGAGUUCCAGAAAAACGUCUACUUCUGCUUCAUUGACUAUGCA